AUGAUUCCUUUUUUUAAAAUAGGAAUUGUUUUAAUAAGACAAGUAAGUAAACCAAUAUCAGGUUAUAUAAAAAAAAAAGCUAUAGAUAAUAAAAAAUUUAAAAGCAUAUGUAUAUAUUGUGGAAAAAAAUACUAUUUCUUCGAACAAUACAUACAAAAAAAAUUUUAUAAUUCGAAUGCAACCAAUGUCAAUUACAGUUCUUAUAUAAGUGAAAACAAGUCAGUUAAUGUAGGUAGUGAAAUUCUUGGAGAAACUAUUAUCUUUUUAGUAGCUGCAUUAAUUAUUGUAGCUGAGUAUAAAAGAAACAGCAUGAAAGAAGCAAAAAAAGAAUUAAUACUAAAUCAUAAGUUAGAAACACUAAAUAUACAAGUUAAGGAGUUACAAAGAGAAAAUGAUGAAAUUAUGAAAAUUGUGUUACCAAAUAAAAAGAAUGUCAGAAAUAAUAGAAGUUUUGACGUUUCAAAUACGAAUUUUUUUAAAGAUAUUUUCAAUAAAAUUUUGAGCAAAUCUAAUGAAACGACAAACAAUGAGAAGGAAAGGAACUAUUCUGAUGUUCCGGAGGAGAAGGAAAAGUAG